UAAACAUUUAUCUAUUUAGGUGAGGGUAAAUAUGAAUGUGGUAUUUGUGGUAAACGGUUUCCACAAAGAGGAGAACUAAAAAAUCACGAGGAGCAGCAUGUUGGUCUGAAAGGUUACACUUGUGAUUUAUGUGGAAAAACAUUUGUCCGUGACUCAUAUUUACGACUGCACAUGAAGACACACAAGAACUCCGAAAGUCCCAAGAAAGGAAAAAAAGAAAGACCUGUUGAAGGGGUGAGAAUUCUGGUUGAAUCUACAUCAGAUCAAAUACCUUGGAGCAAUACGUUCCUUCUACCCUGAACUCCAGAAUAAUAUGUUCCUUCUACCCUGAACUCUAAGCAAUACGUUUCUUCUACCCUGAACUCAGAGUAAUAUGAUCCUUCUACCCUGAACUCAGAGUAAUAUGUUCCUUCUACCCUGAACUCAGAGCAAUAUGUUCCUUCUACUCUGAACUCAUAGUAAUAUGUUCCUUCUACCAUGAACUCAGAUCAAUAUGUUCCUUCUACCCUGAACUCAGAGUAAUAUGUUCCUUCUACCCUGAACUCUUAGCAAUACGUUUCUUCUACCCUGAACUCAGAGUAAUAUGUUCCUUCUACCCUGAACUCUUAGCAAUACGUUUCUUCUACCCUGAACUCAGAGUAAUAUGUUCCUUCUACCCUGAACUCUAAGCAAUAUGUUCCUUCUUCCUGAUUUCAGAGAAAUACGUUCCUUCUACCCUGAACGCAGAUCAAUGUGUUCCUUCUACUCUGAACUCAGAGCAAUGCGUUCCUUCUAUUCUGAACUCAGGAGUCCUGAACCAUGAACCAUAAGCUCUAAACUCUGAACCUUAAGCUCUCAAUACAAAACCAUGAAUCUCUUGACCACCAAACUUCCACACCUGAAUACCUAAACAAAACAAACACUGAACACAGAAUCCCUGAAUCCUGAGCCUUGUUAUUCUGAAUCCCUGAAUCCUGUAUCCUUAAAUGAAUGAUCUGUAAAAAAAUGAAUCAAAACUAAAAUGCCAAAGAAUACUUUCCAAACAAGUGCCUUAAUUUAUGAAUAUUAUAAAAAAAUUAAAUGUUUUUCAGAUAAAUUUUAGAAUGGUGGUACUUGGGGACUAUCCUGUACCUCCCGGGAGAGUAAUUUUGAUAACAGGGGGCACCAAGGGAAUUGGACUUGAAACCGCAAAAAAAUUAGCCAGGGGAAGAGCUGAGCUUAUUCUUACUACAAGAAACUCUGGUGUGCUGGAAAACGGGGAAGAGCAAAGACGUUUUCUCAGUGAAUUCCCAAUUCCGACAAAAAUACACAUUUUAAAACUAGAUUUAAACUCACUAUCCGCAGUAAAGAAAUUUUGUUCUGAAGUAAAACAACGGUUUCCUCGAUUGGAUUGUAUCGUAUGUAAUGCGGGAACAAUGCAGAAAAAUGGCGGGAAAACAGCUGACGGCUGGGAAGUACACUUUGGAGUAAACUAUCUCGCGCAUUUCCAGCUUAUUCAGCUGCUGAGUCCAACCUUGCAGGAUUCUCAGGACCCCAGAAUAAUAUUAGUUUCUUCGUCCCACCUUACCAAGGGUCGGAUUAAUUUUGAAACUUUAAAAAAUGGAGAACCUAGUAGAAGCAGUAGAGGCGUAACUCAGGAGUAUUGUGAUAGUAAACUAAUGAUGGCUUUAUGGGGAUAUCAGCUUCAGAAAUAUCUCAACAAUAUUAAAAUUAUCACCGUUAGCCCAGGCUGGUGUAGAACUGGAUUAGGAAGAGAACAUGGAACUCCUUGGGUCAUUCUUCCAUUUAUUAUCAUUCCAUUAGCACUGUUCAGCCAGUCCGCCGAGGAGGGAGCAGACAGUGUCGUGUACUGCAUUCUUAAAAGUACACUUGCAAGUCCAGUUUUUAUCAAAAAUAGAAAAUCUGUUCCUGCAAUACAAAGAUAUCUGGAAGAGAAUGAUCGUUUGGGCUCAGAGCUCUGGGACUUCUCCAUAUCAGCAAUAGAAGAGCAUAAAUAAUUUAUCAUCAUAUUUGAAAUGAAGUUUUUUGAGAGCAAGACCACCUGCGUUGUAUUUGUUAUAUAAAAAGUGCAAAUUAACCUGGAGCUCAACGAAUCAUAGCCUGUAGGACAUGAUACUUUGACUGUAGAUUUAACGUUAAUAAUAAUAAUAAAAAGUGCACACUAAUAAAUCUUAUGUUUCAGA